AUGACUAUCCUUUGCCAAGUUUUGAAACACCCCUACCAGACUGCUCUAGUCACCAUUAUCUUCUUCAUCCUCGGCUAUGUCAUAUAUCAACGAUUCCUACAUCCACUGGCCAGAUAUCCAGGGCCAUUUCUAGCCUCGCUCACCGAUCUCUGGCAGGUGCAUCAAUUCAUGACGUUGCAACAGCCCUAUAAUCUCACAAGGCUCCAUGAGGAAUACGGCUCCAUUGUUAGAUAUGGUCCGGACAAGCUCAGCAUUACCAACGAAGAAGCGAUCAGGGCUGUCUAUCAGAGAGGGGCUCACUUGAUGCCCAAGACUGAAUUCUACGAUGCGUAUGGGGCAGCUCAUCCAAAUCUUUUCGGGGUGCGCGAUGAAAGUGAGCAUUCCAUCAGACGGCGACAUAUGUCUCAUAGCUUCUCAAUAAGCUAUGUCAAAGAGAUGGAAGUGCAUUUCGACGCAAAUGUCAAGAUUCUCAGAGAUAAGAUAUCAUCAUAUGCCGAAAAGCAGGAGGUGUUUGAUCUCAAAAAGGCUCUUCAAUACUAUGUUAUUGAUACAUUGGGCGAGCUAGCCUUUAGUCAAACAUUUGGCAUCCAAGCCACUGAUGACGAAACUCGAGUUCCUCCUGUUAUUGAACAUAGCUUGCUCGCAGCAAUUACAGGGGCCUGGCCGUUGAUGACUGCAAAGCUCAAGAAGUGGCUCCCACUGGUUCCUAACGAAGGCCUGCAAGCGUUGUUCAAGGGCCGCAAGGCCUGCGCAGAUCUCGCAUCUCGAUGUGUACAAAACAGGCUGGAUGCUCUAAACACCAAGGGUGAUGGAAAUAAGGACGGUUCAGAAAGAAAGGAUAUCCUUACCAAUUUGAUUCUGGCAAAGCAUCCAGACACGGGCAAGAAUCUAACUCGAGUUGAUCUAGAGACAGAAGCCUUUGGAUUCAUAAUCGCAGGAACACACACAACCAGCGCUACUACAGCCUUGCUUUUCUACCAUCUACUUCACUGCCCUGAAAUUAUGGCUAAGUGUGUUGCCGAAACCGAUGAAAACCUGCCUGCUCUUCAGCCAGAGGAAAAUGCCUAUCCUGUCACAGUGGUCGAAGCAUCUUUACCAUAUCUACGAAACUGCGUGAAGGAAAAUUUCCGAAUCACCCCUGUGUUUACUAUGCCGCUGGCAAGACGUGUACUCGUUCCUGGCGGGUUGACUAUUGCCGGACAUCAUAUCCCGCAAUAUACCUCUAUCGCUGUUUGCAAUCAUGCAUUCCACCACAAUGCUUCUGUCUGGGGACUUGAUCAUAACAUUUUUGAUCCUUCUAGAUGGGACGAUGCUGAAUUUUCAACCAAAUCUCGGCUACUGAUGCAUUUUGGUCUUGGGGGUCGACAAUGCAUAGGAAAAACUGUGGCCAUGACGAAUAUAUACAAGUUGAUGAGCACUCUGCUUCGUGAGUUUGAGUUUGAGCUAGCAGAUGAGCAAGAGCGUACUCGCGCCCAGGAAGGUUACUUUCAUGGGAAGAUUCCGGCUAUGAUGAGUGUGGGGAUUAGUGACUUGGCAGAUUCUUUGAUGGUGAAAGCGAAACGCAGGACGAGCUCGUAA